UAUACCUACACCGCACGCGGGGGCCAGUCGGCACAGCAGCGCCGGCCUUAGCGCUGUAGCACCCGCGGGUCUCGACGGAAGUUCUGGCGAUCGAUUUCUUCUCUCCCCGGUCUGCUCGGAUCGCUCGACGCACCGCGCCCUACGACGACGCGUAUUACACACAUACCACUGCGCCAGCUGAGUGCGACGCAUACGCGACAACGCGCUCUCUGUUCCGUCCGUUUGUCGCCGCGCUAUGAGCUUCGAAAGCGGCUCAUCGGGAUCGCCCGCGGUGGCGGCGGCCGUGCUGCCACAACCGUCGUCGUAUUUGCAACGCAGAGGUCGUCGCCGGUUGCCGGACGGGAUGGACCAGUCAGCAGCAGGGCCCGGAGGCAACGGCAGUCCAGCUGUCAAGAAGACCACGGUGCUUGUCAUCGGAGCAGGUCUCAGCGGGCUGUCGGCUGCCAAGCUGCUGUCCGAGCGCGGCGUUGACGUCAUAGUCCUCGAAGCACGACAGAGGGUCGGAGGCCGCCUGUACACUGUCAAGAACGAGCUGGUUGGCUGGGUCGACAUGGGCGGCUCGUAUGUGGGCCCCACGCAGAACCACAUCCUGCGUCUCGCCAGCGAGCUGCAGGUCGACACGUACAAGAUAUUCGACGACCUCAAGAACCUGCACUUCAGUGAGGGCAAGGCGUACCCGUAUGAAACCACGUGGGCCCACUUUGGAAUCAACGACCCUCUGGCAUGGUUCGACAUCAACUACGUCAUGCGCAGGAUGGACAUCAUGAUGGAGCAGAUUCCCGCCGUGGAUCCAUGGAACUGCCCCCACGCGGCCGAGUGGGACGCCAUGACCCUGCAGAGCUUCUUCGAGAAGGAGUCGUGGACAAAGGGCUGCCGUGACUACCUGAGCGCCCUGGCACAGGUAAACCUGUCCAACGAGCCGAGUCAGGUGUCCCUGCUGUGGGCGCUGUGGUACAUCAAGUGCUGUGGAGGGAACCGCAGGAUGUCCAGCACCUUCAAUGGCGCGCAGGAAAGGAAAUUCGAAAACGGUGCCAUGACAGUGUGCGAAAGGCUCCUACAACUGCUGAAAGGUAAAGUCGAGUUCGACGCCCAAGUAUGCGACCUUCAGCAGGACGAGAAGGGGGUCGUCGUGGGCGUCAUCGACGGCAGGGAGUUCCAGGCUGACUACGUCAUCAUGGCGAUCCCGUUGCCCAUUCAGCUGAAAGUGCACUACGAACCGCCACUGCCGUCGCUGCGCAACCAGCUCAUACAACGUACGCCGGUCGGCUCGGUGUGCAAGAUGCACAUCUACUAUGCCAAGCCCUUCUGGAGGGAAAUAGGUUACAGUGGAAUGGUAUCCUGUAGCGACGACGAACUGGCUUUCACCCAUAGCACGGAUGACUGCAAACCUGGAUCCUCGCUUGCGGCUCUUACAAUAUUCGCCAUUGGUGACAAGGCCUUGAGGCUACUGGAAUUACCCAAGCACAUCAGGCCCAAAGUCAUAUCUGCAGAUUUGGCGAGAGCCUUCGAACACGAAGCGGCCUACAACCCUGUGCACUUCGAAGAGAAGAACUGGCUCGAGGAGCAGUACUCGGGCGGCUGUUACGUGUCCACGUUCCCGACAGGGGUCAUGAGCAAAUACGGAAAGACCCUGCGGGAGCCGUUCGGCCUGGUGUACUUCGCGGGCACGGAGACGGCAACCUCGUGGCCUGGCUACAUGAACGGUGCUGUGCAGGCUGGAGAGAGGGCUGCCAGGGAGGUCCUUUGUGCGAUGAAAAUGAUACGAAAAGACCAGAUCUGGGUGGAAGAACCGGAAUUCAAGGGUGCGAAAGCGCGGCCGUUCGAGUUGUCCUUCCUGGAGCGGCAUCCUCCUCACGUGCUGCUCGUCGCCGCCACAGGAGCCCUCGCCGCGUCCGGCGUCGCUUGUGUGGUGGCCUACGGUGUCUGGAAGGCAGUCAACGCCGUGCGGGGGUCAUAGACCGGCUUAGAGGGCAUUUAGCAAAGAAGCACCUUCGUGACACAUGGCAGACCAUGGGAGCCUUAUCACCACCGGACCAGAUGGCGAAUUCACCGGCAAAUGACUUCGUCUUUGUUGCCUCCUCGGUGCCAGUCAGAUAUGCGACGUUACUUCGAUAGUGGUCGAUGCUCCAUGCUUGGCGAGUGAGGCACUUUCGAAACAGUAUACGCGUACACAGUUAUGGCAGACUGCAAAUCUUGCACUAGUACACCAUUUGCGGAAAAGGCUCGACAGCAACGCACUCGCGCACCACCUUGUGUCCGACUCUUCUGCGCAUGCACAAUGGCACCACUUCAGUGACGCACUUGCAGG